UUAAUUGGAUGACUUUGCGUAUCUUUGUUGUAUUCAGGCAGCACAGCGAAUCCGGAUGCGAAGCGACUCUACGACGAUCUGCUCAGCAACUACAACAAACUAGUGCGUCCCGUGGUGAAUGUCACGGAUGCGCUCACGGUGCGCAUCAAACUGAAGCUAUCGCAACUGAUUGAUGUCAAUCUGAAGAACCAAAUUAUGACCACCAACCUAUGGGUGGAGCAAUCCUGGUACGACUACAAGCUCAAAUGGGAGCCCAAGGAAUAUGGCGGCGUCGAAAUGCUGCACGUGCCCUCCGAUCACAUUUGGCGCCCGGACAUUGUCCUCUACAACAACGCUGAUGGCAACUUUGAGGUGACGCUGGCCACAAAGGCAACACUCAACUACACAGGGCGCGUCGAGUGGCGGCCGCCGGCCAUUUACAAGAGCUCCUGCGAAAUCGAUGUCGAGUACUUUCCCUUCGACGAGCAAACAUGCGUCAUGAAGUUCGGCAGCUGGACAUACGAUGGGUUCCAGGUGGAUCUGCGUCACAUCGAUGAACUGAACGGCACCAAUGUGGUUGAAGUGGGCGUGGAUCUGUCUGAGUUCUACACGUCCGUUGAAUGGGAUAUACUUGAAGUUCCUGCAGUGCGAAAUGAAAAAUUCUAUACGUGCUGCGAUGAGCCAUAUCUGGAUAUAACAUUUAACAUCACCAUGAGACGAAAGACGCUCUUCUACACGGUCAACCUGAUCAUACCCUGCAUGGGCAUCAGUUUUUUAACGAUUUUGGUAUUUUACCUGCCCUCGGAUAGCGGCGAAAAGGUCUCAUUAAGCAUAUCCAUUCUGCUGUCGCUCACUGUGUUCUUCCUGCUGCUGGCGGAAAUCAUUCCGCCCACGUCGCUGGUGGUGCCGCUGCUCGGCAAAUUCGUGCUCUUCACAAUGAUACUGGAUACGUUUAGCAUCUGUGUAACAGUGUUGGUGCUCAACAUCCAUUUCCGGUCACCGCAGACCCACACGAUGGCGCCCUGGGUGCGCACGGUGUUCAUCAAUCAGCUGCCGCGCUUCUUAGUGAUGCGUCGACCGCUCUACCCGAUCAGCGAAAUGAUCAAGUCGUCGCGCCGCCUCAUGGUGCGCACCUGCAAUGGACUGGAGCUGAGGGAUCAAAUACCACCGCUGCCACCGCCAGUGGCUCUGUCCCGCAUGCAUCACAGCCCAAAGACCACGUCGCGCAGCACCUCGCCGCAUCUACAGCACCGGGUGCAGGCCAUGAGCCUGAUGGACGAGCUGGGCACUGUGGGCGGCUGCGGCGGUGCAUCGACGAUCACUGGGCACCUCAGCUCGCUGUAUCCGCCGACCAUCUCGACAGUCAAUCAGCAGACCUCGACCACCUCCUCCCUGAUUGAUGCCCAGUACCACAAUCAGUAUCAGCAGACGGGCGGCUCCCUGCUGGAUCAUCCGCUGACGCCGACCAAGUUCCGUCAGAUGACCUCCACCUCCAGCCAGACGGGCCAAAACGGAUCGGGUCAUCAUCAUUAUAAUGUCGGCGGUGGAUGUGGUGGCACUGGCGGCGGAGGUGGUGCCAGUGGCGGUGCUGGGAAGAGCAUCUCCACCACAACGCUGGCACACCAGGCCAGCCAAGUAGGUAGCUAUCAUCUGUACCGACAGCAGUCGAGCUGCUCGGCAAACUUCUCGCCAUUGCCACUGCAUGCGCACCAGGUGCAUGCCUCGACGACCACCUGUGACCUGGGCCUGGGCGGUAACCACAAUCCCAAUGUGAUAAAGUCCACGACGACGGUCAACUCGGUGGCCACCGCCUCCACGCUGGCCGAUUCCUGCUGCAGCGGCACCAUACAGAUCCAUCAGGGCAUGGGCGCCGGCGCCGCCUGCCAAUCCUCAGAGCUGCUGCAUAUGCACCGACCCACCACCUCUGCCGCCGCCGCCGCCGCCGCGGCAGCAGCAUCGGCCUCGGCAUCGGCAUCAGCAUCGGCAUCGGCAUCGGGCGCCAGCACAUCGGCAGCUGCUGCAGCGGCUGCAGCGGCGGCCGCAUCAGGGGCGGGUGGUCUCACGCCGCCCCCUCCACCGCCGCCGGCCUGUGAUAUACUGCCCGCCUGCCAGCGCGAAGGCGGCCCCCAUUGCUGUUCGGGGCGUGGCAAUGUGCGCCAGCGCUGGCACACCUGCCCGGAGCUCCACAAAGCCAUGGACGGCGUCACGUACAUCGCGGAUCAGACGCGCAAAGAGGAGGAGAGCACACGGGUCAAAGAGGACUGGAAAUAUGUUGCCAUGGUACUGGAUCGCCUCUUCCUUUGGAUAUUCACAAUAGCCGUGGUCGUGGGCACGGCUGGCAUUAUCCUGCAGGCGCCCACACUCUACGACACUCGCGUGCCCAUUGACAUUAAGCUGUCGGAGAUUGCCUCCACGACGGCCAAGCCAAAUGUGGCGAGGCCCGUGUUGUAAGUCCCGCAAGGACCGAAACACCCACACACACAGACACUUUCACACCCAUACACAGAUACGGAAACACGCGCACACAC